AAAAUGCUUAAAUCAUGCGGGCAUUGUCCGUAGCAGCUGCCGCGGUCACUUCAAGUGAGGACCCCAAGAAGGACCCCUUUCACGUGAAGAAAAGCGAACGUCUCAGGGAAGCGUCAGAUGUGGUGAGAGUGUGGAGGGAUGAGGAACAGAGGUGAACAUCUGGGAGAUCCUCGACUGAAGCACAGAGUUAAACAGUAUCUCCGAAAUAGCAGGGAUCGGUAUGUGGAUAUUGGAAUUCUGGCUGCAGAUCUCCAGCGGUUGUAUAGCUCUGAUUAUGGCCGCAGGAAGAGGAAUGCCUUCAGGAUCCAGGUGGAUAAAGUGUUUCAAUCCAUCAGAAAUGAAAUGGCAUAUUUGGAGGAGGAGCAUCUGGUCAAACGGGCUCGACAGAGCCGGACACAGGAUGGGAGGGGCCUGACCUCUGAUUCGUCUGACAGUGAGGAUUACCCCGAAUACCCGCUGACCAAUCACAUGAACACUUCGCUGCUGAGCCUAUAUCGGAAAACCAACCCGGACCCUCCCGCCACUCCAGCUGCCAAGAAGGUGUCAGAGGAUGGCAGCAAUCAUGGGCAUGAAGCUUCUCAAACACUGGGUCAGUCACAAGGAUCCCUGCAAGGUACAGAGCUAUCUGAGGACAGUUGGUUCAUUGACAAGAUACCAGGAGCUCCCCGUUCAGAAGCUCAUCUGCUUGAUGAGAAAGAAUCAAAACAAAAUCCUGAGAGAUUGGAAGCGUUGCCAGUGGAUCAAGGCACGAGGAAGCAAAGGAGACUGAGUAAAAGGAAACGGCAAGAUAGAGAGGAGUCAAAGGAUGUGGAUGCUCAGAUAGAGUCAUCUGUACUGAACAGAAAAGCAAAGAAAGGAUUUGAACUGCAUCAUUCGACAGUGACGUUUGAGGAUGUCGGUGGCUGUGAAGGAACCUUAAAGGCUGUGUGCCAGCUACUGAUUCACAUGAGGCAUCCUGAAGUAUACCAGCAGCUGGGUGUGGUACCACCCCGAGGAUUCCUGUUACAUGGACCCCCAGGCUGUGGGAAGACACUGUUGGCACAAGCUAUUGCUGGGGUAAGACCCAUCUGCAGUCAGAAACUCUCAUCACAGGGAUGUGACCUCGCCUGGGAUUGUCCCAUUCCAGGUUCCGGUCUCAGUGGCAGGGUUCCGGUCUUAUUGAUUUCGAUGUCAGUACGCACCGAUGUGAUCCUGUUCCUUUUACACCAGCUGCAGGCUCCCUGCAUCGUUUUCAUUGAUGAGAUUGAUGCCAUUUCUCCCAAACGGGAAGUGGCUUCAAAAGAUAUGGAACGUCGGAUUGUGGCUCAGCUGCUGACCUGCAUGGACGAUCUGAAUAAUCUGGCCAGCACCACACAAGUCCUGGUUAUCGGUGCGACCAACCGGCCAGACUCAUUGGACCCUGCACUGCGAAGAGCUGGACGCUUUGACCGGGAGAUUUGUCUGGGAAUUCCAAGUGAGGGUGCCCGUGAACAGAUUUUGAGGACUUUGUGUCGAAGACUGAAACUUCCGGAAUUGUUUGAUUUUCGCCAGCUUGCCCGCCUGACCCCUGGCUAUGUGGGUGCUGACUUGAUGGCUCUGUGUCGGGAAGCAGCCAUGCACACGGUUAACCGUGUUCUGAUCCAGCAACGCGAAGACAGCAGACAAGCAGAUACUUCACAGCAACAAACAGAACUGGCUGAGUUUGAGAGGCUGUGUACAUUGCUGAAAGAUCCAUCGCCUCUCUCUGAGAAGGAGCUGCAGAAACUCCACAUAGAGAUGACUGAUUUCACUGAUUCACUGUCGGUGGUCCAGCCCUCAGCCAAGCGGGAAGGAUUUGCCACUGUGCCUGAUGUGACUUGGGCUGAUAUAGGAGCUCUACAAGAAAUCCGUGAGGAGCUCUCCAUGGCUAUUCUGGCUCCGAUCCGAUACCCAGAGCAUUUCCAGCUUCUGGGACUGUCCAGCCCAGCUGGUCUGCUAUUGGCUGGACCUCCAGGCUGUGGGAAGACACUGUUGGCCAAGGCUGUUGCGAAUGAGUCUGGACUGAAUUUCAUCUCUGUGAAAGGACCUGAGCUGUUAAACAUGUACGUUGGUGAGAGUGAACGGGCAGUACGGCAAGUGUUCCAGCGAGCUAGGAAUUCAGCACCUUGUGUCAUUUUUUUUGAUGAAUUGGACUCACUCUGCCCUCGGAGAUCAGAACAUGAGUCAGGUGCCAGUGUGCGUGUGGUGAACCAGUUGCUGACAGAGAUGGAUGGCCUGGAGACUCGGAAGCAGGUUUUUAUCAUGGCAGCCACAAACAGACCAGAUAUUAUUGAUCCUGCUGUGCUGCGACCUGGCCGACUGGAUAAGACGUUAUAUAUUGGAUUACCGAAGGCCUCAGACCGAUUUGCUAUCUUGCAAACUUUGACAAAGUUUGGGACCCAUCCCCUAUUGAACUCUGAUGUUGAUCUGUCUGUGAUUGCCAGUGACCAGCGCUGUGACAGCUUCUCGGGUGCAGACCUGUCCGCACUGGUACGUGAAGCUUCCAUUAAUGCCCUGAGACAGCAUCUGUCUGGCCAGCCCUCCGAACAAGCCCCAGCUCCCAGCUCAGGAAUACGGGUGGCACGACAUCAUUUCGAAGCAGCCUUUGAGAAAGUGAAGCCUUCCGUGAGUAAAAAGGACCAGUUGAUGUAUGAAAUGCUGCGACAGUCUCUCAGCCAGUCUUUGUGAUGGACGUGGUUCUUGUUGCUUUCCCUUGGCUUUUGUUUGGAGUCUUUCUGCACAGGAUUUUGCUGUAACAUUUACAGGAACUUGAAUGACUUCAUGCACAUCUCACUGAGUGGGCUGCACUUCCUGAGUACAUGGGUAUUAUUAGAAGUACUUAGCUUCCCUGACUUAAUUCCUGUCACCAGGAUCAGUCUUGGGCAGUCACUUUGAGGAGGCGAACAUGGCUAUGAUAGUGUUUCAAAUUGUAAUGCCUCCAAGAAACUUCUUCCCUGGGGUAAUGAACCCUUUUGUGGGAUUUCCCCUUAGGUUACAGUCUGUCUUGGUAAUAUUCCCUCUUGCUGACUGAUGGCUGCUUUGUAUUUUAUUCUAAGACACAGGCUUGUGAAAAAAUAAAGCAGCUGGUGUAUUAAAAAGGGCAGUCUGUUUGUCUUACAUUUGGAAAGGAAGUGGUUUGUUGAGAAUGCUGGAACACUGACAUCUUUGAAGUGAAAUGUGUGAGAUGGUGAUCUGCAGCUACCUGUCACCUCUUAACCUUGCCACACAUUUCCCACCACUUUAGCUGGAAAUGGUCAUUGACUCUACAGCAACAGGAAAGGACACUGUGACAAGCUCCUCAUGUCUGGAAAGCACCAGCUCCUCCUCUGCUGGACACAAAAUAUCACAUUGUACAGGAACAUUCGAGGAAACUGUAACAAUUUCCCAGUGUCACUGGGAAGGCCUUUGCAUGAGCCAUUGUACCAGAUUUCCAUCAACUAACCUGUAAAACGGACCCAGAACACACAGGAGUUCUUGAGCAGGCAGAGCAACAGGAGACAUGAUCUGCAUUUGCUUUUUUUUAUUUCAAAAUAUACUUUAUUCAUAGAAAUAAAUCUUUGGUAUUUGUA